AAGAAAGGAAAAGGAAGUCUCUUGACUUUGUAACCGCGUGGCAAAAGGGGAGCAGAAAAAAUAAGACAUGAAUAAAGGUGGAGGAGCGGGAUCGGGUGCGGCAGCAGGUGGAGGUGGGCCGACGGCGGCAGCAGCGGCAGCGGCUGCUCAGAGGCAGAAGGGUUUGCUGCAGAGAGUGGAGACUGAUAUUGCCAACAUCGUCGACAAUUUCACCCACCUCGUUAACGUCUCCAGGGUGAAUGAACCGGCUGUCAGAAACUCGCAAGAAGCUUUUAUGAUGGAAAUGCGCGCUGCCAGAAUGGUUCAGGCUGCUGAUUCCUUGCUCAAAUUGGUUUCAGAACUCAAGCAGACUGCAAUCUUCUCUGGGUUUGCAUCUCUCAACGACCAUGUUAACCAAAAGACCGCCGAGUUUAACCAUCACGCAGAUAAUACAGACCACAUGUUAGCCCGAAUCGGAGAUGAGGCAGCUGCUAGCCUCAAACUCCUUGAAUCCCAUUAUUAUUCUUCCUCCUCACAGGCAACAACAUCAAUGGGCACCUAGACAUAACUUACUUCUCUUUUUUUUUUUUUUUUUUUUUUUUUUUUUUUUUUUUUUUGGGGUACCAUUUACAAUGACUUUCAAUAUGAAUGAAUGAUGUAUCCUAUCCACCCAUGUUCUUUUUUCUGUUAUAAUUCCUCUUAUACUAAAUGAGCAAAUUAAGGAAGGCAGCUGACAGGCAGUGGUAUCUAUUUCCUACAAUCUACAUCAGACCUUAAUUGUCAUUAGCCUGUGCUUUUCCCCUCUUCUCCAUUAGGACAAUGCAUGGAUAAAUCGAAAACAAGAUUAUUCAUAAGGAAUCAGAAAAUUAGAAUAGGCAGCUAUGUAAAUAAGGAUUUUAGUAGUGGUUUGGUUUUCAUGUUGGUGUCCUGGAAACGAUAAUUGCAAGUGUUGUUUUGGAAUUUGUGAUAAUAAGUUGUACGCUUCUCUUUAUUUGCAUUCAAAGAUAUGGAGUAAGCAGUGGGCGGUAUAGGAAUUCAUUCCUUUUCCAUUAA